GGCUCUCUGGGACAAAGGCAAACACUGAGUCACCAGUGCCCCCACACAGCCCUGUCCUCACAUCCUUGCCCGAAGCUAUAAGGGGCCUCACCUCAAGCAGACUGUCCAGGCUGUGGAGGAGCCAUGGCCAAGUCCCACCUGCUGCUGUGGCUGCUGCUACUGCCCACACUCGGUGGCCCAGGGGCUGAAGCUGUAGGGACCACCUCAUCCCAGGCCUGUGCCCAGGGCCCCGAGUUUUGGUGCCAAAGCCUGGAGCAAGCGUUGCAGUGCAGAGCACUGGGGCACUGCCUACAGGAGGUCUGGGGACAUGCGGGAGCGGACGACCUGUGCCAGGAAUGCAACGACAUCAUCAACAUUCUCACCAAGAUGACCAAGGAGACCAUUUUCCAGGACACGAUUCGGAAGUUUCUGGAUAAUGAGUGUGACGUCCUCCCCUCGAAGCUGUUGGUGCCCCGGUGCCGCCACAUGGUUGAUGUCUACUUCCCACUGGUCAUCGACUACUUGCAAAGCCAGAUCAACCCAAGGGCCAUCUGCGAGCACCUGGGCUUCUGUAAAUCCGGGCGUCCAGAGUCGGGGCUGGAGCUGGAGCUGUGGGACCCUCUGCUGAACAGGCUGGUCCUUCCGGUGCUGCCCAGGGCCCUCCGGGAGCAGCCCGGGCCUCAGACACAGGAUCUCUCUGUGCAGUGGUUCCCCAUCCCCCUCCCCUACUGCUGGCUCUGCAGGACUUUGCUCAAUCGGGUCCAAGCUGUGAUUCCCAAGGGUGUACUGGCCCCGGUUGUGGCUCAGGUGUGCCACGUGGUGCCCCUGGUGGCGGGCGGCAUCUGCCAGUGCCUUGCUGAGCGCUACACUGUCAUCCUAUUGGACGUACUGCUGGGCCGCAUGCUGCCCCAGCUGGUCUGCGGCCUCGUCCUCCGGUGCUCCUUGGAGAGUGGCCCUGGCCCAGGCCUCACAGCUCUGCAGUCCCUGUGGGAAGAAUGGAUACCGGAAGACUCCAAGUGCCAGCUCUGCGUGUCCGUGACCACCCAGGCAGGGAACAGCAGCGAGCAGGCCAUGCCACAGGCGAUGCGCCAAGCUUGCCUCAGCUUCCAGCAGGACAGGCAAAAGUGUGAGCAGUUUGUGGAGCGACACUCCGUGCAGCUGCAGAGCCUGACGGCCAGGGGCCAGGAUGCCCGCACCACCUGCCAGGCCCUGGGAGCAUGCGCAGCCACUCUCAGUCCUCUCCAGUGCGUCCAGGAGCCCGACUUCUGAGGGAAACUCAGAGCCCUGCCAGGUCCGCAGCAGAUACGAUGCUGAAGGGGAAGCCAAGCAAGGUCGGGCGAGGCCCUCUGCAGGACUCCAGAGCUCUCCCACGGGACAAGGCUCCUCCUCAGGCUCCCUGCCCCCACUGAGAAGAAGCCUCCGCUCCCACACUCACAUCCUUUUCUAAAAAGGGCUGUAAGGCCCUGACUGGUGUGGCUCAGUGGGUUGGGCAUCAUCCCGCAAUCCGAAAGACUGCUAAUCACUGGUUCGAUUCCCAGUGUGGGCACUUGCCUGGGUUGCAGGCCAGGUCCCUGGUUGCAGGCAUGAGAGCAGCAUCAAUUAAUGUUUCUCUUCCUUUCUCCCUCCCUUCCCCUCUAAAAAUAAAUAAAUAACACCUUUUAAAAAAUCUGGACCUUAAGCUGGUGGACCUCGAGCCUGCAACUUGUGCCCUCAGUCCUGUGUCAGUCUUGUCCAUCCUGUCCAUCCCAUCUGUAACUGCAGCCCCAAACCGGAGCCACCUGCAUCCUCUCUGGGGGUGAGGCAUGGCCACGGAGCAUCUUCUGCAGGCCCUCGGUGAGGAGCUCCAGCCCAGCCCCGCCUCCCCUCCCACGGGGGCCAGCCAGUCCCCGUGGGCCCCCCAGCAUCCUCCGCCAGCUCCGAGAGGAGAGGGAGAGAGGGACAGGGGCCGGGCCCUGCCUCACCCCACCUCCGCCUAUGCAAGACACUAGCUUUUAUGAAUACUGUACUAGCACUUCUGCAAAAUUUCAAAAUUUAGAAGAAUAAAAAAUGAGAACAUAAA